AUGAAGUUCUUCAGUUGGAUGCAUAAGAAGCUCAUUAAUGGUGGACAAGCUCAAACAAAGUCAAUUCAACAAGAAAAGCAAGAACAGUACUACUGUCAUGAACAAAGGCAGCUUCUUUCAAUAGGAACUCUGGGUAAUCAUGCAAUUACAGAAAAACCCAAUAUCCAGAAACAGAGUCUGAUGAUGUCCGAGGAAGAAAAUGAUGAAGACAUGUCGGACUUCUCGCCGGAGGAAGUGGGGAAGUUAGAAAAAGAGUUGAAAAAGUUGUUGAGAAAGAAAGAAUUAUCAGUUUCUGCUUCGACUGAGCUUCCUUUGGAUAGAUUUCUUAACUGUCCUUCAAGCUUGGAGAUGGAUCGUAGGAUCUCUGACAUCUCUUCUUGCAGCAGCAGCAGUGUUCAACAAGAUGAAGAAGAAGAAGUGAUUAUUGAUCGCACCAUUAGAGUGAUUAUUGACAGAUGCAAAACCAUUUGUAAGGAAAGAAAAAAAGGGAAACUUGGAAUUGGGAAGAAGUCAAUUUCUUUCCUUUUUAACAAGAUGUUCUUUUUAUGUGGAAAUGGCUUCAACUCAUCUCCGGCUACUUCCAUGAUAGAUUCAAGAAUGGAAAAGCUUCUGAGGACGAUGCUUUCAAUGAAAUUCAAUCAUUCUCAAAACAAGAAACAAUUGGUGGAGGGAAAAUCAUUAAGAAGUAGGAAGGAAUUGGAAUCAGAUGAAAUUGAUGAGAAAAAAAAUGGGCAUCAAUGGGUUAAGACAGAUUCAGAAUAUAUUGUUUUGGAGAUUUGA